AUGCCACUCAAGGUAUUUAAGUCUAUGGUUCGGUUCACUAAGGGUGUACCUGAAAAUACUCCGUUAGGAUGUUUAUUGAAAAGGUGGAAAAGUGAAGGGUUUUUCCAGGAGAUGAGUAAGGAUAAGAUGAUUGAUUAUUGUAAUCAUUGGUGGCCAGAAUAUGAGCGAGAGGGGCCAUCAUGGCCGGAAAAUGGCACUCUGGAUUAUAAUACCCUGAAUUCAUUAAUGCAGUAUUUGAAGGAAAAUGAAAAAUGGGAUGAAGUACAGUAUUUGGACUUGUUUUACUUGCUGCGCCGUAAAAAGGAGUGGCAGGCUGAAUGUGGAAUAAUGGUAUUGGAGAUGAAAGAAUUUGAGUGCGGGGGUUGUAAAGAGAAAUCUAAAUGUGUUAAGUGCUUGGCCUUAACCUCUCGACCAGAAGAGGAUUUGUCUUUAAUGGUGUCACCCGGUGCGCCUUCCGCUUCACCCCCUCCUGCUGUCUCACCCCCUCCUGCUGUUUCACCCCUCCCCUGUGUUUCACCCCAUUCCUCUUUGUAUCCACCGUUACCAGAAAGCAGUGCAGAGGAGGAGGAGGAGGAGGAGGACGAGGUGGCAAACAUAACAGUAGUACCAGGGAAUGCUAAAAAGGUUGUUAUGUGUCCUUCAACCCCUUCCCCUGUUUCUUCCCAAAAUCAGCGAAAUACCCCACUUGCGGCACGAACCAGGCAGGGACGUAAGAAUUAUGGGGAAUCCCAGCUUGUUGCCCCCUUAAGGGAAGCUAUGGGACCCCGAGGAGAGAGAGUGCUCGUGAAAGUGCCUUUCUCCCCAGGAGAUUUGGUGAUUUGGAAGCAGUCAGCAGGCAGUUACCGUGAGAAUCCUGAAAGAGUGGCACGGGUGGUCAAAAUGAUUAUUAAAACCCAGAAUCCAGAUUGGAAUGACAUGCAGGUUUUGUUAGAUACCUUAAUGGAUUCCACUGAAAAGGAGAUGGUGUUGCGGGCAAUGAGAGAGCGUGCUCGAGAAAUGAUUAGACUGCAUUUAGCUGGAGGAACUGUGAAUGACUUGGUACCGAGUGAUGAUCCGGGAUGGGAUCCAAACCGGAGUGAAGGAAAGGAAUCUAUUAGGGAAUAUCAGGAGUUGUUAGUAGAAGGAAUCAGAACUGGAAUGCCUAAAACAUUAAAUUGGUCAAAAUUGUAUUCAGUUAGACAAGAUAAGAAUGAAUCGCCUUCGGCAUUUUUAGAGCGACUUAAGGAAACUGCUAGACGCUUCACUGACUUGGAAAUUGACAGUGAAGCAGGAAAACUGCAGCUUGCUUUAAUCUUUUUAGGUCAGACACAGGAAGAUAUACGCAAAAAACUGCAGAAACUAGAGGGACAUGAUACUCGAGAUUUGGAUAAAAUGUUGGAAGUGGCUUGGAAAGUUUAUAAUAAUAGAGAAAAGGAAACUGCCAAGAAACAGCAGGCAAAUAUGUUAGCUAUAAUGCAGCAAGCCGGUGGUAGGGGAAGAGGCAGAGGUUGUUUUGGGCGCGGUCGUGGUUUUGGACGUGGUAGGGCAGGAUUCCAAAAUGCUGGAUUUGGAGGAAGGGGAAUGGUUUUUACCGGUCCCCAGCAAGGAGGGAUUGCUCCCAAUCAGUGUGCAUUCUGUCGCCAAAUUGGGCACUGGAAGAAUGAAUGUCCAGUAAAAGCUGGACUGGGAGGAAUGUCGGGAGGAGAACAAACAGGCAAUUCUGCUGGAUACCCCGCAAAUCCAGAAGGGGUUAGAAUAGACAUAGAUGGGGAAGAGCAAGAAUUUGUAGUAGAUACAGGGGCAAUGCAUUCAGUUUUAAAUAAAAGAUUGGGACCUAUUAGCAAUACUACCAUACAGGUAGUAGGGGCCACAGGACAUUUGGAAGAAAGACCCUUCUUACAACCACUAAAUUUGAAAUUUGGAGGGAAGGAAUUAGACCAUCAGUUUUUGUAUAUGCCUAAUUGCCCCAAGCCAUUACUGGGCAGGGAUCUAUUAUCGUUACUAAACGUCAGAAUUAUAUUUGAGAACGGAAGGGUAAAAUUAGAAGUUCCGGGAGAAGAAAUUGCCAAAUUAUUUGUAAUAAAGGAAAUUGAUCCCUCUCCUAUCCCCAUCGAGGUGGAUCAAGCUGUAGUACCUUGGGUAUGGGAGACGGGGAACCCUGGAAAAUCAAAGGCUGCCCAGCCAGUGGUAGUAGAAUUAAAAGAAGGAUCCCAGCCAGUCAGAAUAAAACAAUACCCAAUUAAAUUAGAAGCUAAGAAAGGUGUUGCUCCUUUGAUAACCCAGUUUUUGGCACAAGGGAUUUUGCAGGAAUGUGAGUCAGAAUUUAAUACUCCUAUUUUUCCAGUUAAGAAACCAAAUGGUAAGUAUCGGUUAGUGCAGGAUCUAAGGGCAAUUAAUAACAUAGUAAAAGACAUUCACCCGGUGGUUGCCAACCCUUAUACUUUGUUAACAUCUGUGUCAGAAAAGUUUAAAUGGUUUUCUGUUAUUGAUUUAAAAGAUGCUUUCUUCUGCAUCCCUUUGGCAUUGGAGAGUAGAAAAUAUUUUGCCUUUGAAUGGGAAAGCCCUGACACUGGAAGGAAAAGACAACUUACAUGGUCCCGCUUGCCACAAGGAUUUAAAAACAGCCCAACAAUAUUUGGAAACCAGCUGGCAAAGGAAUUGGAGGAAUGGAAGAUUGCCAAGGUAAGAGAGUCACCUUUCUCUUACGUCAUUCUUCAAUAUGUGGACGAUAUAUUUCUGGCAACAGAAGAAAAGGAGGUAUGUCUUAAGUUAACCAUUGCCUUGCUAAACAUGCUGGGUCAGGCUGGGUACCGAGUGUCAAGGGAAAAAGCACAACUGGUAAAGGAAAGUGUAAUUUACCUGGGAUGUGAAAUUGUUCAAGGCCAAAGAAGACUGGGAGUCAAUCGAAUAGAAGCUAUUUGUGCAAUACCCCUCCCAAGAAAUCAUCAGGAAUUGAGAUCCUUUUUGGGAAUGGUGGGGUGGUGCAGAUUAUGGAUUUUAAAUUUUGGACUCCUAGCCAAACCAUUAUACGAGGCCCUGAAAGAAUCACAAUUAAACUGGAACCGACAGAGGAAGAAAGCAUUUAAAGAUUUAAAACAAGCCCUUAGGGAGGCUCCAGCACUGGGCCUCCCAGAUUUAAAUAAAGACUUCCAAUUAUAUGUAAAUGAAAGACAAAAGUUAGCACUGGGGGUGCUGACCCAAAGACUUGGAUCCUGGAAACGUCCAGUAGGCUACUUCUCAAAACAAUUGGACACUGUUAGCGCUGGUUGGCCGUCAUGCUUGCGGGCAGUUACGGCCACAGUGAUCCUCAUUCAGGAGGCCAGAAAAUUGACUCUAGGAAGGAAGAUAGAGGUGUUUGUACCUCACAUGGUACUGGCAGUCCUGGAACAAAAGGGGGGUCACUGGUUGUCAUCUAGUAGAAUGUUGCAAUACCAAGCAAUCCUGAGAGAACAGGAUGAUGUAGAAUUAAAAACAACUAAUCAUAUCAAUCCAGCAGAGUUUCUCCGCAGUAAGCAGGAAGAAGGGGAAUUAGCACAUGAUUGCAUGGAAGUUAUCGAACAGGUGCAUGCCAGUCGGAUUGACUUGCGAGAUACCCCGAUGGAAAACCCAGACUGGGAGCUGUUUACUGAUGGAUCCAGCUUCGUGGAAAAUGGAACCAGGUAUGCAGGGUAUGCUGUGGUGACUGUUAAGACGGUGGUAGAAGCAAAAGCCCUAACUCCUGGAACCUCUGCCCAGCGAGCUGAAAUUAUUGGACUUACUAGAGCUUUAAUCCUGAGCUGGGGAAAGAAGGUAAAUAUUUGGACUGAUUCUAAAUAUGCCUUUGGAGUUGUGCAUAUUCAUGGUGCUUUGUGGAAAGAACGAGGACUGUUAAACUCUCAAGGGGUCGCUAUCAAAUACAAAAAUGAAAUCCUAGCCUUGCUAGAUGCAGUACAUCAACCUGAAAAAGUUGCUGUAAUGCAUGUAAGAGGACACCAGAAGGAAGAUGGGAAGAUAUUUGAAGGAAACCGAUUUGCAGACUACACAGCUCGUGAGGUGGCAAGAAAGGUAUGGACUCAGAUGGCUCUGAUACCUACCAAGGUGAGUCCAGCAACUCCGUUUUUAACCCAAGAACCAAAGUAUUCCCUAGAGGAUGAAAAAUUGGCAUCGUUGUUACUUGCUCAGAAGAAUAUGACUGGAUGGUAUGUGACAGGGACAGGACAGGUGGUGGUGCCUGCCAGAAUUAUGAAAACGAUUCUGGAAAUGGAACAUAACAAAUGUCAUUGGGGAGCAGAGGCAUUGGUAAAAUUUCUAAAAAGAGAAGUAAUUUCUAACCAGAUGUUAACAUUGGCAAAACGGGUGAAUGCCAUGUGUCCAACUUGUUUGAAGAAUAAUCCAAUAGUUAGGAAACAAAUUCAGCUAGGGAAAAUACAAGUGGGACCAGAGCCAGGAGAUUAUUGGCAAGUAGAUUUUUCAGAACUACCGAAAGCACAAAACUUUAAGUAUCUUUUAGUGUAUGUAUGCACUUUUUCAGGCUGGCCUGAAGCCUUUCCUUGUCGAACAAAUCAAGCAAAGGAAGUAGUCAAAACACUGUUGAAGGAAAUCAUUCCGAGAUUUGGGGUGCCGUUGGGAUUGUCAUCAGAUAGAGGCCCACACUUUAUAGCAGGAAUAGUACAAGAAAUAGCUAGGAUGCUAGGUAUAUCUUGGGACUUACACACCCCGUGGCGACCUCAAUCAAGUGGCCAGGUAGAGCGGAUGAAUCAAACGAUUAAGGGACAAAUUAAGAAAAUUUGCCAAGAGGCAAAAAUACAGUGGCCACAGGCUUUGCCAUUAGCAUUGCUCAGAAUCAGAGUCAAACCCAGGGAGCGAUUGGGAGUUAGCCCAUAUGAAAUCCUAUAUGGGAAACCAUACCAUGCUAAUGGGUUGAAAGGGGAUUUGCAUGUGCAGGGUGAUCAGACAAUAUUUGGUUAUGUCAUGUCAUUAAACAAAACUCUUAAUGCCUUAAGGGGAGCUCUGCAGUGGAACCGACCUAUGCCACUGGAAAAUCCAGUGCAUGACAUUCAACCAGGAGACCGAGUGUAUGUGAAGAACUGGUCCACUCACCCCUUGAAAGAAGCAUGGGACGGCCCACGCCAAGUGAUCCUGACAACCUACACGGCAGUAAAGGUCGAAGGAAUCGACUCAUGGAUCCAUUACACUCGGGUCAAGAAAGUGCCUGCACAAUGGGAGACUCAGUUAGUCUCUCCAACACGGAUGAUUAUUCGCGGAAAGUAG